CAACAUAAAUAAAAUUAAAACAAUUAAUUAAAAUAUUUAAAAAAGUAAACCUCUCCUAACUCAGAUCCCUUUGUAACUUUAUAGAUCUAAAUCAUUAUUGUCAAACCUUCCUCAUGAAUUCCCCUUAGCUCCUCUCUCCUCAAAUGGCCCAAAAAAUAUAAUUCCAGAAAAAUAAAAUAAAAAUUAAAGGUCCUUAGUACCUACCCUUAGUUUGAGUCUUAUACCUUACCCUUACAUAUUUUAAUAAAUUUAUUUCAUUUCUUAAAAUUAGAAAUGGAAAAAGUAGCUCCUCCUCCUCUUCCUCUUCCUUUUCAUCCUCCUAUGUUAACAAAUCCAUUUUAUAACACUUCAUCAAAUAACAAGAAACGUGAUCUAUCAUACGACGUCGUUCACAUACCAAACGACAAUUGGAACCCUAAAGAAUGGAAUUGGGAUUCGGUUCGAUUCAUCGCAAAAUCCUCCAACACCACCACCACCACCACCACCAUCUCACAAGACGAAGAAACUCUAAAAUUGAAUCUCGGCGGCGGUUGCGGCAGCGUUAACAAUAGAGCAAACAAACGAGUUCGUUCAGGAUCUCCUUCUGGAACGCCGUCGUAUCCGAUGUGUCAAGUUGAUAACUGUAAAGAAGAUCUAUCGAAAGCGAAGGAUUAUCAUCGAAGACAUAAAGUGUGUGAAGCUCAUAGUAAAGCUUCGAAAGCGUUGCUUGGGAAUCAAAUGCAAAGGUUUUGUCAACAGUGUAGUAGGUUUCAUCCUUUGUUGGAGUUUGAUGAAGGGAAACGGAGCUGUCGUCGGAGACUUGCGGGACACAAUCGUCGGAGGAGAAAGACGCAGGCUGAUGAGGUGGCUUCUCCUCCGUUGAAUCAGGUUGCUGUUGCGGCUAAUUUGGAAAUUUUUAACUUGUUGACGGCUAUUGCCGAUGGUUCUCAAGGAAAAUUUGAGGAAAGGUCACAAGUUCCAGAUAAAGAGCAGCUUGUACAGAUUCUGAAUAGGUUUCCUUUACCUGCUGAUCUUACAGCAAAGUUGCUUGAUGUUGGUAAUUUGAAUGCGAAAAAAGAUGAUAAUGUGCAAAUGCAAACUUCAUCCUCCUAUCAUCAUCACGACGACCAACCGAACAAUGCCCCCUCUGCCCCGUUAACUAUGGACUUACUUGCUGUUCUUUCGACCUCUCCAUCUGCACCUGCUCAAAAUGGCAGCAACACAUCCAUGACUAGUGCGGACCAGAUGAGAGAACAGCAAUUCACUUCAGUCGUUGGAGAAAGAAGCAGCGGCAGUUCUCAGUCUCCAAAUGAUGAUUCAGAUUGCCAAGAGGAUGUUCGAGUUAAUUUGCCACUGCAACUUUUUAGCUCCUCUCCUGAAGAUGAAAGCCGGAUGAAAUUGUCAUCUCCGCAAAAGUAUUUCUCGUCGGAUAGUAGUAACCCUGUUGACGAGAGGUCACCGUCGUCAUCUCCUCCUGUUGUGGAGAUGAAUUUUGGUUUGCAGGGUGGGAUUAGAAGUCAUAACCGUAAUAGCAUUUCAAUUGGAAUAGGAGUCAAUGCAAAUAAGGAAACUAGUCAAAGUCAUAGUUGUACUGUCCCACUUGAUCUUUUUAAAGGGUCAAAAUCAAAUAACAUGAUUCAACAGUCUAGUUCAGUUCAAAGUGUUCCAUUUCAAGCUGGUUAUACAUCUUCAAGUUCUGAUCAUUCACCUCCCAGUUUGAAUUCAGAUGCUCAGGAUCGUACUGGGAGAAUAAUGUUUAAAUUAUUUGACAAGCAUCCUAGCCAUUUCCCGGGAACAUUGCGAACGCAGAUUUACAAUUGGCUUUCUAACCGACCAUCAGAUUUGGAGAGCUACAUAAGGCCCGGCUGUGUCGUCCUAUCGAUUUAUGCUACAAUGUCUUCAGCUGCAUGGGCGCAAUUAGAAGAAAACUUCAUCCAACGUGUUCAUUCUUUAAUUCAUAUCUCAGAUUCUGAUUUCUGGAGAAAUGGAAGAUUUCUUGUUCAUUCUGGCAGUCAGUUAGCAUCACACAAAGAUGGAAAGAUACGCAUGUGCAAACCAUGGGGAUCAUGGAGGUCUCCAGAGUUGAUAUCUGUGUCCCCUUUGGCAAUUGUCAGUGGACAAGAAACUUCAAUGUCAUUGAAGGGAAGAAACCUGUCUGCUCCUGGCACGAAGAUACAUUGCACUGGUGCUGACUGUUACACGUCAUCAGAAGUUAUAGGAUCUCAAUAUCAUGGUAUGGUCUAUGAUGAGAUAAGAUUGGGUGGAUUUAAAGUUCAGAAUACAUCUCCUAGUGUUCUAGGUCGUUGUUUCAUUGAGGUUGAAAAUGGUUUCAAGGGAACCUGUUUUCCAGUCAUAAUAGCCGAUGCAGCCAUUUGCAAAGAAUUGAGACCACUUGAGUCUGAAUUUGAUGAAGAGGAAAAAACAUGUGAUGCCAUUUCAGAAGACCGUGAACAUAAUUUUCGGAGGCCCAAGUCAAGGGAGGAGGCUCUACACUUUCUGAAUGAGCUUGGCUGGUUGUUUCAAAGGGAAAGGUUCUCUAAUGUGCACGAGGUUACAGAUUAUUCCCUUGACAGGUUCAAAUUUGUACUCACGUUUUCCGUGGAAAGAAACUGUUGCAUGUUGGUCAAAACCCUUCUGGAUGUGCUAGUUGAUAAACACUUUGAAGGAGAAAGUUUAUCAGUAGUGUCAAUGGAGAUGCUGAAUGCAAUCCAACCACUAAAUAGAGCAGUGAAAAGAAAGUACAUAAACAUGGUUGAUUUGCUCAUCCACUAUUCUAUACCUAUAAAAAAUGAUACAACAAAGAAAUAUGUAUUUCCACCAAAUCUUGAGGGCCCUGGUGGUAUUACUCCCUUGCAUUUGGCAGCAUGUACAUCGGAUUCUGAGGGCUUAGUUGACUCUUUAACAAAUGAUCCACAGGAGAUUGGGUUGAAGUGCUGGGAGACCCUUGUGGAUGAAAAUGGGCAAACUCCACAGGCCUAUGCCAUGAUGAGAAAUAAUCACUCUUAUAAUAAGCUGGUUGCCCGUAAACUUUCCGAUAGACAAAGAAGUGAAGUUUCAGUUAAAAUUGACAAUGAGAUAGAGCACCCAUCACUGGAAAUUGAGCUUAUGCAAAAGCGAAUUAACCAAGACAAACGAGUUGGGAACUCUUGCUCCAAGUGUGCAAUUGCAGAAGUCCGCUACAAGAGAAGAUUUUCAGGUUCACGGAGCUGGCUUCAUGGUCCCUUUAUUCAUUCGAUGCUAGCUGUUGCUGCUGUUUGUGUAUGUGUUUGUGUGUUAUUUCGUGGAACCCCGUCUGUAGGCUCAGUUUCUCCCUUCAGGUGGGAAAACUUGGAUUUUGGGACAAUGUAAUUCUGUUGGUGAAUCAAACUCAUAGAAGUUAUGAGAAACCAUAAACCAAGGCGAAAAUGUCAUAUCCCUUUAUUUUUCCUCACAUGACAAAGAUUACUUCAGGUUGGAAGUGGGGCAUUUUGUGAUGAGAGCCCAAAAUGAAGAUAUUAGAUGUUAAUGUGGAGCUAUAGCUUGGCAGAUCCAAGAGAAAUGAGAAAGUAGAAGUGGAAUUAAAUGCUACAUAUUUCUCUGUGAUGCCAAGUUACACCUGAUGUGUUAAUCUUUUGGGGGUUGAAAUUUUAGAAUUGAAGAAAUCUUCCACUUUUUAGACCAAGAUAAAACACGACCUCUCAAUUGAAGCACUGACAAUUAUGAGAGCAGUAAGCAUUUGGAAUAAAGAGAAGUAGAGAACUAAGUUGGGUGAAUGUUGGUUCAUUGCCUCUAUAUUUUUCUCAAGGAUCAAUCAGAAAAACUUACCUGCUUUAUUUUCCCCUUUUUGUGUUAUAUUAUAGGUCUGAGUAUCUAUAUUCUGAUGCAUAGUUUUCCUUACUGUAAAGUUUAUUUGAGGAUAUUGAUGAUAGGGAUGACCAUACUAUAUGAUCAAAAAGUGUAAUAUAUUUUAAAUUUAAAUUAUAUCUAAUUUAAUUCACGUUUCAGUUUUCAA